AUGUCUUCAAUGAUCACAGCUGCGCAAUGGGUCCCCAGGGGUUUCGCUGCGCCUUUCCCCCAGAAAUACACCCUCGACGAGGCUGAGUUCGAGCGGAUAGCUGAGCUCGCCAAGCUCCAACUCGAUGACGCUCAAGAGGAUCUUGAGGAAGCCGAGGAGGCAGCCAAGACUGGCGCAAAGGCAGAAAAGACCGAAGACAAAGAGGACGACUCUGAGAUGAAGAUCGACGAUGAAGACAAGCCUACUGACAAGAAUGAGAUCAAUCUGAACGAUGACGACCUGAAGGAGUAUGACUUGGAGAAUUAUGACAACGACGAUGAUGAGGACGCUCCUGGACAGGGAGAGGGCAUGGGCAUGUUUGGAAACAUCAAGUCGCUGGCGUACUACGAGUCGAACAAGGACGAUCCUUACAUCACAAUCGACGCGGAUAAGGAGCAGGAGGACGAGGACCGCGAAGAGCUCCAAGUUCUCGCAACAGACAACUUGAUUGUGUCUGCCAAGGUUGAGGACGAGAUGGCGCACCUCGAGGUUUACGUUUACGAAGAUGAGGCCGACAACCUAUACGUGCACCACGAUAUCAUGCUGCCCGCCAUUCCUCUCUGCGUUGAGUGGAUUGAUAUGCCCGUCAACAAGGCCGGUGUAGAGAAGGAUGCGGCAGGCAACUUUGUCGCUGUCGGCACAAUGGAUCCCGAUAUCGAGGUUUGGGAUUUGGACACCAUCGACUGCAUGUACCCCAACGCGAUCCUCGGUCAAGGAGGUAACGAGGAGGAGAAGAAGAUGAAAAAGAAGAAGAAGAAGUCCAAGAAGUCCAACGACGAGUACCACGUCGACGCUGUCCUGUCAUUGGCCGCCAACCGCAAGCACCGCAACCUCCUGGCCUCUGCCUCAGCCGACAAGACUGUCAAGCUGUGGGAUCUCAACACAACAAAGUGCGCCAAGUCGUACACUUACCAUACCGACAAGGUGUGCUCUCUGGCGUGGCACGCGAACGAACCUACCGUCCUCCUGAGUGGUUCCUACGACCGAACUGUGGUGGCGGCCGAUAUGCGUGCGCCUGACGCAAAGGCUCCCCGAUGGGGAGUUGAGAGCGACGUUGAGAAUGUGCGGUGGGAUCCUCACGACCCCAACUUCUUCUUCGUCUCCACAGAGAACGGUGUCAUCCACUACCACGACGUCCGAAAUGCGCCUUCAGACCCCACGGGCACCAAGGCCGUCUGGACGCUACAGGCUCACGACGAGUCUGUGUCUUCGUUCGACAUCAACUCUGUGGUUCCCGGUUACAUGGUGACCGGUUCGACCGACAAGACAGUCAAGCUGUGGAACAUUCAGCCCACAGGACCCUCAGUGGUUGUUUCACGCAACCUCGACGUCGGAAAGGUCUUCUCAACCACGUUUGCGCCCGACCCGGAGGUCGCCUUCCGUCUCGCUGUGGCCGGAAGUAAGGGAACGAUGCAUAUUUGGGACACCUCCACAAACGCGUCGGUGCGCAAGGCCUUUGCGACGCGGGUGCCUGAGCAACGCGGGAAGGGUGAGGACCGUCUCGUCGGCGUCAACAAUGACGAUUCCAGCGAUGACGAGGAUGAUGAGGAUGACAACGAGGACGAUGACUCAAUGGAGGAAGACUAA